AUGAGCUACAAUCUCUGGCGCGCUUUCUUCGAAGAUGAUGUCGAUUCCUUUCGACAGUACCUGGCUAACGCCACUUUCUCCUCCGGUGCUCCGAGAACCCCUGGCACCGGACAAGUUGGUGGUGCGACGCUGAAGAUAGGUAGUCCUGGGAAUCUGGCAGUCUCUCCCAAGACACCCUUCAAGUUUCGAAAGAGCUCGGGAACCACACCUAGCGGCGCGACGCCUGGGAAAAAUGUCGGGUUGGUGCUCACGAGGGCAGAAGUGAACACCAAGGACAGUUUCGGACGGACAAUACUCCAUCAUGCUGCGUCAUCGCAGUCGGACGAUGCUCUGGCUUUUGUCAAGGCUUUGUUGGAAAUACCUUUCUUGGAUCUCUACGUACAGGAUUUGGAAAGUGGGUGGACACCCCUCCACCGUGCCUUAUACUUCGGCAAUAUUUCAGUUGCGCAUGCUCUCAUGGCCCGUGACAUACAAGACGCUACGGACUACACAACCAGUGCUCAGCAUUCCCACGCCGGUGGAUUGGUGAAAAUCAAGGAUCACGAAGGCAACAGUCCUUUUGAGGUAUUUGGAUUGACCAUUGCGCCUCGGUCUCUUCAGCAAGAUUCCUCCACCCUCACGUCCGGGAUCCGCGACGAUGAUAGCAUCAACGGAGUGGACGAUAGUGGUGACCACCAAGAUAAUGAACGAUCUAGGCGUCAUGUGACCCCUCUGGUAGAUCUCGCUGGUGACGAGGUCUACGCUUUUGGAAGCAACAAAAACCUAUCGCUGGGUCUCGGCGACGGGGAUGAUAGACAUUUCCCUGAGCGUCUUCACUUUGAACGCCCCGACCACUUAUUACGCCGUCUCCUCGAUGACCAUCUUGCUGAGAGACGGAAGGCGUGGGUUCACGAAGACCUGGCGGACAGUGUUGGGGAUCUCCAGUCACGCCCAGACCUGCCCGCCAUCAUCCGUUAUCGGCCCAUCACGAUUCAGAACGUGGUCAUGUCGAAGCUACACACUGCCAUCCUGACCAACGACCCGAUCUCGAACCUAUACAUAUGUGGGUAUGGUCCUGGUGGUCGUCUUGGAACCGGCGACGAAAACACUAGUUUUACAUAUCGCUGCAUUCAAGCUGGCGGACUGGCCAAACGACGUAUCUCAUCGAUAGCCCUCGGUCAGGACCACUCUGUGGCUGUUUGCUCGCAAGGCGAGGUAUACACAUGGGGAAGCAAUCGCUUUGGUCAAUUAGGAUAUGCUCUUCCUGAGGUACCCAAGAACGAGGUCCCAACUCAAUUAAUCCCCCGCCAGCUCUUCGGCUACAUUAAGAAGGAAGUCAUCAUUGGCGCCGCAGCGUCCGCUAUUCAUUCUGCCAUAUACACAGCCUCUGCGAUAUAUACAUUCGGCAAGAACGAGGGUCAACUGGGCUUGACCGAUGCCGAGGCACGCUCUCUGGAAAUGCAAGUCCUGCCACGUCGAGUCGGUGUAUCAGUCCUGCAGACUUCAAUUCAAUCAGUCAGCGCAAUCGACCGGGCUACAAUUGUUUUGCUGGAAAAUCACGAUGUCUUCGUCUUCACGCAUUAUGGUUGGACGAAGGUUCUCUUCCCUUUGGAGACCUUCACCAACUACUAUAUGGGUAACAAUCUGUCGACAAGAUCUAAUAUGGAAUCCAACUACGUCAAACAGAUAACAGCUGGGGGCAAUACAAUCUGCGCAAUGUCCUCCUUUGGAGAAGUAUUUUCUAUCGACGUCCCCAAGGUUCCCGAAACUGUACCAUCGAAUAUGUCAACAACGAACCCUACUAAGGCACGCAACGCUCUGCCUACGCCCUCGCGCCUGUGGUCCCUCCGCAAGGCUCACAUGUCCGCCAUCGACGUUGCCGUGGGCCAGGACGGCUCCAUCAUUCUCUGUACAGCAUCAGGGUCCGCCUGGCGCAAGGAAAAACGUGCAAACAUCAAGACCGUACGAGAUACAAAGCUGGGUUCAGGGCGUCCGAAAGACUACAAAUUCGUCCGUAUUCCCAAUCUAACUGGAGUCAUCGCCGUCAGGAGCAACGCAUUCGGAGCCUUCACGGCGGUGCGUAAGGAUGUUAGUACAACACGCGACCAGAUCGUGCCAGUCCCGCCAGCUCUGUGGAGAGAUGCUUUUCGCUUACUACCUUUCCGAGAAUACGGAGUGUCACAGGCCGUAAUACCUGGGUCAGAGGUAAACGCAUUCCGUGUUGCUCAUGCAGUGAUCAGCAGAAGCUCGGCGGAAACGGACAUCCUCAACAUGUGUCAACGGUACGAACCACUUUCCCAAAGCCAAUACGACUUAUGGAUCACUUCUACUGUCACGGAUGUACGAAUCCCCGUCCACUCGUUUAUACUCAAGGGACGGAGCCGGGUCAUGCGUAACGCGUUGACGGAAGUCCAAGAGACGUACUAUUACUCCAUUCCGGAUGUCAUGUCGAUCGAAUAUGGCCAAGACGGCCAGAUACAAGUCUCAUUCCAAGGCGCGGACUUCCUGACUCUCAUUAACCUCGUAUUGUAUCUGUACACCGACAAUUUGGUCGACGUGUGGCAUUAUACGUCCCAGGCAUUACAAUCUGCUGCUCGGUACCGGUCAGUACGCGUCGAGCUUAUGAAGAUUGCAAGCCACCUCGAAAUGCGAAGCCUUGAACGUUCUGUAAGAGUCAUGGUUGAUCCCGCCCUAAGUCUAGCGAACGAUAUGGAGCUUGCGGUGGUUGACCCUGAUUUCUUCUCAGACGCCGAUGUUGUUGUGGAACUCGCAGACGACGCCGAGUUGCCUGCGCAUAGCGUCCUGUUGUGCAGUCGUUGCCCCUUCUUCGACGGUCUUUUCAACGGACGAGCUGGUGGAAUGUGGAUGGCUUCGCGGCGAAAUACGGCCGAAGAACAGUCUGAAGCUGUACGCGUGGACCUGAAGCAUAUCGACGAGAAGAUCUUUGUCAUGGUGCUCCGUCACCUUUACGCUGACACUGGAGAAGAAAUCUUUGAUGACAUUCUCACCAACAGUUUGGACGAAUUCGUCGACAUCGUCAUCGAAUUAAUGUCGGUAGCCAACGAGCUCAUGCUUGAUCGCCUUGCACAGAUUUGUCAAAAAACCCUCGGCAGGCACGUCAACAUCAGAAAUGUGUGCGCUCUGGUCAAUAUAGUCACGGAGUGUACAGUCGAUAGUUUCAAGAAUGCCGCACUGGAGUACAUUUGCCUCAACUUGGAAAGCAUGUUGGAGCUGAAGUUACUGGACGACUUGGACGAAGAUCUGCUUGUUGAGCUUGAUAGGGUCGUCCAAGCCAACCAGUUGGCUUUCCUCCCUUUCGCUCGCAGCAAUCGAGCUGAGGCAGAACUAUUGGAGAACUAUCCCAGCCUGCUAAGUCAGAUUGAGGCUGGCCGACAGACAAGGAUAGAUUCUAUGAGGCUAAGAUCAAGACUGGUCGAAGACGAGGGACGUUUUGCAGCAUCUCUGAAGACGCGAUACGGGAGCCUGGAACGCUCAGGCCUCUCGCCCCAUAAUAAGAGUUUGUUACCGACCCCCGUGGAUUCAUCACCACCUAGCACUCCAAGCCGCAGCCCCGCGAUCAAGGCAAACGAUGCAGAGGAUGACCUUCCGUUCGACAUGGAUGGUGAUGACCCAGAGCUUCUCCCAGCUGCAGAGGGCGACAAUUUGCCACCUCAUCCUGCGAGGAAGCGCCCGUCUCUCGAGAGCAGUGCUCGAUAUUCCGCAACGAAACUACCCGCAAAUGAUUCGCCUCCUUCGAUGGAAAGGUCGCGUGAAGGAUUCUCCAGUUCGGUGAGGUCUAAUGACGGAGAUUUGCUAGAUUCCACUACCACUGAAACACCGACCAGCGGAUUUGCUGCACAACGAACUGCAUGGGGGGUUCCCGCUCAAGGCAUCAAGAGAGACGGGCUCAAAGACAUUAUGGAGCAAGCUUCAGCUGCCCGGGUGUCGAAUUUGACUCAGGCAAUGCGAACAGUCUCGACGGGAUCAAAGGCAACUGUCAAGGUUUCGCAGAAGGAGCGCAAGCGACAGCAACAGCAAGUAAAAGAGCAGGAUGUCAAACCCUCGGCUCCCUCAGCGGCGAAACCCGCAACAAACAGUACUUCUUCUCCGUGGCAGGCGAUUGCAAAGACACCCAAGCCCACCUCUUCACCGACUGCGUUUGCACCAAUCGAGGCGGUCAAAGAGGUUCCUGCGAAGCAGCCAAUGACAAUGCGUCAAACCAUCGCCAGAGGCACCUCGACUACCGGUCCGUCCCCCAAGGGCCCGACUGGUGCGGGACCUGCAAUCGGUCUUACAGCUCCUUCCAAGCCGGCCGCUCCGCAAAUCCAGUCGAUCCGCCAUACGCCGCUGCCAACCAGAGUCUCAGCGGUUGAUGCGCGCACAUCAAUGGCUGAGAUCUUGGCCCAGCAGCAAAUAGAAAAGAUUGCGGUCAAGGAAGCGGUGGCGAAGAAGUCACUUCAGGAGAUUCAGCAAGAACAGGAGUUUCAGGAAUGGUGGGACAAUGAAAGCAGACGAGUGCAAGAACAAGAGGCGCAGGCCAACGCAGCUGCUGCUCGUCGUGGAAAAGGCGGUCGUGGCCGAGGCGGACAACGUCGAGGGGGAGGACGCGGAAAAGGGACGUCGGAUGCUGAAGUUGGUGGACAGCAGAGACAAUCUUCGAUGGAUUCGGCCAUGGUGAGACAUGAACCUGGGUCAGGACGAGGAAUUGGGCGUGGUAAUGUGUCCCGAGGCAGUGCCAGCAGUGCACGAGCCGGUGGUCAAGGAAAACCUCAGCAAGCCCUUCGAGGGGCCAAGGCAUCAACUUUGAAAGAGUCAUAG